UGGUUACGCAGGUUUGGUCAAGAGCGUUCUGAUCCUUCAAAGCAAAAGUCAUCGGUAAGAGUUCGCGUCAAAAGAGAAUGGAGGAACUUCGCAGACUACAGAGGGUGCAGAGUAUGCUUUCCGUCAUCGAAGCUGAAGGGCUUUCCACCAAUGAUCGAGAUUCGGACCGCUUCAUCGCAAAUUUCGUUCUAUUCAUGGGACAACAAUGCGGGGCACUUGACAUGCAGAAGAGGCAUGAUCUCAUUUAUGAACAUCUGAAUAAGGUUUCAGCAUCAACUCUUGAUGUGCUACUACAAUCAGUGUUUAAAGAAGGAUUAGAAGAUCAAAAUGGAGGCAGUUGCAAGAUUUAUCCAGAAUAUUUUUCCCAUCAUGAUCCUGAAAGCAUAUCCUAUGUUCAGUUAUUAAAAACUCAAUUUGAAGAUGAGGCUGUUAUCAAAAUCAGUGCAAUGCAACAAGCCAAUUCCACCCUUGAAGAUUUUUGUCGGUCUUAUUUUAUGUUUCAUGGAAUGGAUGCAAGCAAAGCACAGUCCAUUUUUAUGUUCCUCCCUAUUUUAUAUUUUACAGAGAGCUACAUAUAUCAGUUAGAUACUUUGAACGAGAAGCAGCUACUUCGAUCAGCACAUGAUGCCUCAGAGAAUUUUUGCCAUAAAUGCUCCACGUCUAAUCCCUUUGAUCCACUCGUUCAUCUUCUUCAACAGCAGGGAUUAAUGACAGAGCGAAUAAGGAAUGAACUCAACCUUGGUGUUGAAUAUUGGAAACUAGAAAGGAAACUUUGUGAUGAAUUAGCAAAGAAGACAAUGAUUCAGAUUGAAGAUGUAAUGAGAGCAAUUCAUUUGAAGUCAUUUGAUUAUCGAGUUUUGAAUCUUUUGUUAUAUCAGCUUAGAGGUCAACCGGUCAAUGAAUUGCAUAUGGAGUUCCUUUCAGUGUCAGAAUUCCUUGUUGAGGUUUCGGAUGACUUGUAUGACUAUGAGGAAGAUGUAAUUGAUAACACUUUCAACAUCUUGCGAAUGUUCGUGGGGAUAUAUGGACCCUCAAAGGCCCCGGUUCUGCUGGCAAAAUGCAUAACAAAGGCUGAAGAGAAUUAUGAUCGUUUGUCGAGGGCCCUCGAUCCAGAGCUCUCCCUCAACUAUUGGAGAAGAUAUGAAGAAGCAACCAGAGAAGGAUGUUCAAAACUGGAACCUGCUGUCGGAAAAUGGACCAUUCCUUCAAUUAUUGUGGAUGAGGAAUCAUUCAGAUUGCAGGCUUUUGCUAACAAUGUUGAUUUGUGAUACAGAAGAGUGGAAGCCAAAUAUAGUAUCAAACACAGUAGAACUGAAAAAAGAUUGGUCUGAAAGGGGUUUUGUACUGUUAUUACUCUCAUUGCAUUAUUGUCUUCUGCAACUGUAUCAGAGAUUGAAUAUUAUUAAUUCUUUUCUCUGUUAAAGAACUUUAUUGGGAGAC